AUGAAACGUGUGGUGAUUGUAGGGGCCGGCCCCUGUGGCCUCGUCGCCCUGAAAGAGAUGGUUGAAAGUGGACAUGAAGCAAUCUUGAUCGAGCGUUCAGAAAAUCUCGGCGGUGUUUUUGCAAGUGCGACGGCAUAUCCAAACUUGCAUCUCACGAUCAGCAACUGGGCCAUGGCGUUCUCCGACUUCCCAGACUCAACGAGGCUGCAUUACUCGACGGCCCAAGAAUACCUGCACUACCUUCACGAAUAUGCUCGCCAUUUCGACCUCCAACGUCAUAUAAGAUAUCACACCGAGGUGCGCAGCGCGACCCUGGGAGAUGACGGGCUGUGGUCUCUAGAGAUCCAGAAUUCGAUGGCAUCAGAGCAAUCUACUCUCCAUUUGCAAGCAGAUGCUCUCGUUGUCGCCACUGGGUCAAACGGAAUCCCCAAUCCGACGCCUUCAGGUCUUUCUGGGUUCGAUGGUCGUCUGAUCCACUCCUCUCAGUAUGAUGAAGCCUUUAAGCACGAUGUCGCGGAGAAAAAACUGAAAGUGUUGGUGGUAGGGGGAGGCGAGAGUGGCGCAGACAUCUCAGCAGAGCUGGGUGAAUUGUCUCCCAAUGUCACGGUCUGGCUGCGCCGCCCCAUUUGCGUCGGUCCCCGAUACCUGAACAAAAAAGACGAAAUGCAACAGGUCAAGGCUAACAUGACCGUCGACUUCCCGGCCAACGGCUUUCUUGAAGCUGCCACAACAAAUCGUAUGAGCGCUGGACAAAACGUGUACGCCUAUGGCUUCUUCCGUAGGCUGCUCUGGUGUACGCCUGUGUUGAAUGGCACCCUGUCACGCAUGUCGCUUGCUAGCACCGCGUCUGCCUUUCUCCGGAACGAUCAGGCCACAUAUGUUACCAAGAACCAGCGCAUGUGUGAGGCUUUGCAUGAGGGGAAGAUCGAAGUUCUUGUAACGCCGUCCAUCUCCGCCCGCGGUCGAAGUUGCGAGUUUCAAUUGGCGGACGGUACGACACAGCGGCGCGACUUUGACGCCGUCGUCCUUUGCACCGGCUUCUGCAUUGAGUUCCCAUGGAUCCAUCUGCCCGGGAAAGUGCCCUUGUCCCCAAAUCCACGUUCAUGGUUUCUGAAUUGCUUCCCAGAAGGAUUAGGCCACUGUCUCUCCUUCGUGGGCUAUGCGCGACCCCAUCAAGGGGGCGUCCCUGUCAUGGCCGAGAUGCUGAGCCGAUACAUUGCACUGCUGCUUCGUGGAGAGAGGGACCUACCGCCCGAUUACUCCGCACAAGCCACGCGGGAUGCCGCAGCCUCGUGCGAGUAUUACUCCCUGAGUCCAAACCUUCUCACGCUUGUCGACUAUAACGCUUUCCUGGAGAGCGUGGCGCGACGGAUAGGUUGCGAGCCGAGAUUACCGGUGUUCUGUAUACUGCUCUUCAACUUCCACAUGGUGACGGUUCUGCUCCUGGCGCUCCACUUCUGCUGUUCAGCUUCGCCAUUAUUGAGUCUCCGCUUCACGUUGCUGAUGUGGGCAGUGUCGAUGGCCGGUUUCUUCAUCUUGUACGACGGCUUACUUAUCAAGUGGUGGUUCUAUCCGCACUGGGCCGUGUGGUACCGCCAGCGCGGUCCAAAUGCCAAUCCUGCCCUGGUCAACGGGGUUUUGAAGCGAGUGAAUUUGUGGAAGUCGACCGCCAUAACUUCCGGCUUCGUCUUGCUUGUCCUCUGGUCCAUUCCGACCUUCUAUGUGCAGCGCAUGCUCUCCGUCGUCUUGUUUGCGUCCAGUGCAAUCCCAACUGCGCUCGGCAUCCACUUCCCUGAGGCUUGGGAUGUUCUACUCCGGCCAAAGCUCUUUUCUUUGCACGGCUGUCCGUGGCGAAUGUCGGACCUCUACAUGCCAUGA